CUUAGAUGAUCUGUAUUACUGCUCACAUCCACAUGUCCUCAGAAGAAAUGUCAGCAAAGGGAAAUCUGAGAAUAGAAAUGCCUAGGAGAGUACAGGAGAUGAAAAGGAAGAAGUAAAAGACCGAGGGGUAAGCAGAGGCAGAGCGAAGAGAGCCGGUUACUUCAACAGCUUCGUCCUGUCUGAACCUCCAGGACAGUCAGCCUUCUCUCUCUUGGUCACACCCACAGCUAAGACACCUGGCAGGGAAGAGGCACUCAACGCAGAUACCCCUGGGCAGCCAAUGCGCGGACAGCGCCCGCAAUGCCACCAUGCCCUGCGGCUUUCUCCCGCAGGGCUUCGCGGAGUCUCCCCACCUGGGGCCCAUGCUCUUCCUGCUGCUGCUGGCCGUGCACCUGGCUACCCCGAGCGGGAACCUGCUCAUCCUGGUGGCCGUGGCCUUAGUGCCCAGCUGGCCGCCCAUGCUACUCUUCCUGUGCCAGCUGUCAGCCAUCGAGCUCUGCUACAUGCUGGCAGUGGUGCCCCGCUCCCUGGCCCACCUGGCCUCGCCAGGCCGCGGCCGAGGCAGUCCCAUCUCCUUCCUGGGCUGCACUGUUCAGAUGCAGAUGUUUGUGGCUCUGGGCGGGGCCGAGUGCUUCCUGCUGGCCGCUAUGGCCUAUGACCGCUACGUGGCCAUCUGCCACCCGCUGCGCUACGCGGCUGUGGUGGCACCUGGGCUGUGCACGCGGCUGGCCCUGGCCUGCUGCUGCCUCGGGGGACUGGCGGUGUCCGUGGGGCUCACGGUGGCCGUCUUCAACCUGCCUUUCUGCGGCUCCCACCUGCUAGCGCCUUUCUUCGGCGACAUCACAGCGCUGCUGCACCUGGCCUGCACGCAGAGCUACGCGGAGGAGCUGCGUCUGCUGGGCGCCUGCCUGGUGUUGCUGCUGCGGCCCUCGCUGCUCAUCCUGGCCUUCCAUGGCGCCAUCGCCGCCGCCCUGAGCCACCUGCACUCCCCACGCGGCAGGCGCAAGGCUGCCUCCACCUGUGCCUCGCACCUGGCCGUCACCUUCCUCCACUAUGGCUGCUCCACCUUCACGUACAUGCAGCCCAAGGGCAGCUACUCCCCUCGGCAGGAUCGCACGCUGGCGCUGGCCUACACCAACGUCACACUGCUGCUCUACCUGCUCAUCUACAGCCUGCGCAACGGCAAAAUCAUGGCCGCCACCCGCUGGGUGCUGAACCCCAGGGCAGGAUCUGUGUGA